AUGGGUCAAUGCAUAUCUCAAGGUCAACCCGAAUUUCAACAAUCGAGAAACACGCUGCAGGCACGUGGUGAAUUCUUAGGUUCAGACUUAAGGGUAAUGUUCAAUAAUCCUGUAUAUAGCGAUACCAUAAUUACUUGUAAAGAUGGUGGUGUAUUGUACGGCAGUAAAUUACUUUUGGCGGCCCAAUAUUUAUAUAUGGGAAAUAUUACGAUGGAAACAUUAACGCUUAAAAAUGUAGUAGAAGCAUAUUUUGCUGCCGAAUACUUUUUACUUCCUCAACUUGAAGAAAUAGUAAUCUCAUUCUUAGAUAACGCAUUAAAAUGUAGUGCGGAUAAUAAUUUGGCUGCAAAAUUUUUAACACAAGCAACGGAAUUCAUGUUAACUUCAACAGAUGACAUAUUAUAUCGAACACUUUAUGAUUGUUUAAUCGUUACUCCAUUAGAAACAAUAGAUUAUGGAAUCCUUAAUCAGGAAGGAUUACAAUUUAUAAUAUCCGCAAAUGAGAUAAAAACUGAAGAAUUUGCAACUCCUGAAUACGGUGUAUUUCGUUAUAUAAUAUUAUGGGCGGCUAAUAAAAUUUCCCAAGACGCUGUUACUUAUUUCGAAUACCUUUUACCAACAACUGAUCAUGCAGAACAUCUUGACGUCUUACAAUUAGAUAGAUUACGUAGAGCUCAUGAAAUAAAUCAUUAUAAAA